AUUCAGAGACAACUUCAAGCAUGAGAUUGGCUAGUAUAUCAAGAAACUCUGAGACAAUUCAUCCCCAGUCGUAAUUCACUUUCACUGGAUAAAAGUGAACAAAGAAAAGAAUCACCAUGCCAGGCCUGAUCAAUCGCCACACGAGGGCGCCCUUGUCCCUCCAAGCUGCCCGCGUGUCAGCAUGCGUCAAUGGUCUCUCCGUCGGAAUUGCCGCUUCACUCACCUACUUCAACCAAGAGGAUCAUGUCGUCGAGGGUGUCUUCUGCUUCAAGAUGAACGAGAACACAACGGUGGCUGCGUUCGAGGCGCGGAUGCUGCAAGGCCGUACCAUCACUGUCCACCUCAAAGACCGCACCCAGGUCGAGCACUUCAACGAGAUCCUGACCGGACGCAUCACCGUCACCCCUAACCAACCCAACGUCUUGCCCCCUGGAAAGUUUGCGCUCUCCGAGUUCCACAACGCCCGUGUCUUCUGUUCAAACCUUGGAACGAUCCGACCCCACGGAACUGUAACAAUCCUCCUAAGUAUAUCUUCGCUCAUGAACACCGGGUCUUUGGGCGAGGCAAAGCUGCAUAUUCCAAGUGUCUUCACACCCCGUUAUAAGAAACCCCAGACCAAAGAGAAUGGUCCCCAACCUCAGCAGCCUCCAAGCCAGCCGCAGACAUCGCAGACGACAUCAUCAUCAUCGCCCUCACCCAGUAACACAACAGAACAUUUACACAGGUCCCUUCUGGACAUAGCCGAUGAGGUCGGAGAAAAUCCACAGGAAUAUGAAUUUGAAUUCCAGCUUGAGAUCCGAGCUCCGUCAUUACUCUCUGGAGUCUCAAGCUCUUCGCAUGCUGUCCGUGUAGAUGCAGAACCAUUUGCUGCAAAUGCUUCUAAUGUCUUUGUGACUUUAGCUGAACCCCACCAGAUGGAUCGAGAUCUAUCCAUCACGAUCCACUACCCGAAGCCACACAUCCCAGUCGUGAUCCUAGAGCACGGGGACAUCAGCCCAACUGCCUAUGAACAAUUCGUCAAGACCGAAAACGAGUACAAGAACCCAGUGGAGACAACAGACGAUGAGGACAAAACACGGGUAUUCCUGCAGAAGCGUCUGCUCAAGGAUGUCAUGCACAACCCAGUCCUGAUGCUCAACUACUGCCCCGACUUUGAGAAGCUUACGCAGCAGAUGCUGACCUAUCGGUUUGAUGUUCCUGGAGAGUACGUCCUUCUGGUUGACCGGAGCGGAAGCAUGAGCGGGGAGUACAUUGCCAACGCACGGGAAACACUCAUGAUGGUGCUCAAGAGUUUGCCCAUGAACUGCCGGUUCAACAUCAUCGGCUUUGGCUCGGCCUACAAGCCGCUCUUUGAGUCGAGCCGUCCAUACACCCAGGACAAUGUCAGUGAGGCAAGUGCCUACCUGAGGUGUAUGAGGGCAGAUCUAGGAUCUAUGGCUAAUCUUCUGGUGCCAUUGCAGUGGGUGUACAGACAUCCUGUAGUCAGAGGGUGUCCAAGACAGAUCUUCAUCGUAACAGACGGUGGUGCUAACAACACAGCUGAGAUCCUUGACAUGGUGCGAUGCAAUGUCCCACAUACAAGGGUGCACGCGUUCGGUGUCGGCGAGAACUCGUCGCGUCGCCUCAUCAGAGGCAUUGCGUCAGCGGGGAGAGGGAGGGCGGAGUUUAUUGCCACGGGGGAACGCAUGCAGAGCAAGGUUAUGUCCGUCGUCCGCCAUGCCUUACAACCGACCAUCAGCGACAUCACAGCCGAGUGGAUCCUUCCUGCUGGCAUGGAGCUCAUUCAAACCCCCAUCAACCACCACCAUGCCCCCAUCAGCAGGGGCGAACCCAUCGUCAUCUACGCCCUCCUCUGCGACACCGCCCGGUUGCAGAGCACCCUGGCGUCAGUGCUGCUCCGCGGGGAUUCCAUGAAGAGGGCCAACCCGUUCCUUGAUCAGUGCCUGUCCAGGGGGUCGAGCAGCGAGAGGACGGAGGAGAGCGGGUCAGCAGGGACCAACGCUACGGGGUCGCCCCUGAAGACUGCGAGAAUGAACAAAGAUAGAGAGCCACCCCUUCCCUUGAAGCUGCAAAAUCUACCCCAGAAGUGCCAGUCAAACGGUUACACUGAAGAAGGUGAAGCAUGCGAAGUCCACUCGCACCCGGAGUGUAAUAACUCAACCACUGAAGUGGUCCAACAGCGAGUUCAAGACCUUUCAACGUCGAGGAGAACGAGGGCGGUCUCCAUGCCAGAUAAUUCCCUAGCUGCAGAUCCAACUUCAUUACAAAGAUUGCUCAAUACCUUAGAUGCAGCAGAUCGGAGACAAUCGGAAAGUCAGCUGAACGGACGAAGACGCCACACGAGCGGCCAGCGUCACGACCGAUCACACCUCAACAGCUUCGACUUUGAGCCCGCCAGCCCGGCUUGGGACGACUACAUCGAUGCCGAAGGCGAGGAGCUCUUCGAUGCCGACGUCCAGAUGUCGCUGAGCAAUGCCGUCUUGAUGGACGACGGCGAGCUGAUCAACAUUGCCAAUCGGUCCGGGCAGGGGUGCGUGAUCGUGACGGGACUGUUUUGUGGACGGCCCAUACGGUGUGAGGUGCCUUUUGAUAUUACGACCUUGGUGUCGGGCGAGUGGAGGGGGCCGACGGAGGACGACGAUGCGUGGGAAGAGACAAUACACCAGUUAGCGGCAGGAUGCCUUCUGAUGGAUUAUGAUAUACAGAGCAUGGGACACAUCAUGGAUGAUGUCCAUCAACCAUCCUCAGACGACAUCUUCAAGCUCCGAAGCAAGAUGGUGGACCUAAGUCAAGCUAGUCACGUGAUCUGUCGUCAUACAGCCUUUGUUUCAUUAGACCUAGAGACAUUAGAACCUCUCCCAUCACCAGUCGUGAUAAUGCCAAGUCAGCCGAAGGCGGCACAUCCUUUCCAGCGACGGGCGGCUAGAUUCUGGGGUUAUAACGUGAUGGGCAAACAGUAUUCUUCAUCGUUCACUGAUUCUGAAGAUGAAGCCUUCUCCUCUGGUUACGGGCGAUCAGAGUCCCCCAGUUCACUCCCCUCUCAACCGGUUCCUAUGCCUGCAGGUCUAGACGGUCAACCCCUGGACCCCCCUGGACCUCCCAUGGGUCUGGGUCCCCAUUCGCCGUGGUCAUCUCAGUGUAGUGGAGACUUCUAUGCAUGGUCUUUUGAGAAACAAUAUGGAAUGAAUCCUUCAUCAAAACCACGCUCCUGGCAGCUCGGGUCUCGUCUCAAUCGACUACGCUCAAGACUCAGCAACACCCCUUCGAAGCGCCCUCUAUUCCGUGCCGUUGAUGUGACGGAAUGCUGCGUGGGACGAACCCUCAGCAUGGAAUGCGUUGAGCUCCAUGCCUUAGUCAAUCUCCAACUAGCUUCAGGAGCAUGGGAGUUAGACUACGAGCUUGCGGAAGCCAUUGAUAUCCCACUAGAAAAGUUACGACGUGCCUGUCUGUUCUGCGAUGUGCCUGUGAACUACGAAGCCAUGAUACCAAGCGCAAGAAGUCCGCUGGCCGGACCGCGCUUGAGAACUUUUUACGCCGGGAGCUCCCAAGGUAGUAGUCUUCAGACACCUGAUGUAGAGUCUAGUGUUGAGAGCUCCAAGUGGAGUCCUGAGGCUCCAGGCAACGAUGCAUCGGCUGGAGUUAGUCCUCCAGAUAAUGCUAGUGUUGUUUCAGAGUCUUUAUCACAGCCUGAGAGUGGGUACAUAACUGUAAAGUCGACUUCUUCUCCAGAGGAUGCCCAUCCAGCUCGGCCAACCAACGGAACAGUCCGCCAGGACUCGAACACCCUUAAAGCAGCCAAUCACAGACCAGAAUCUCUCGCGAGUGUUCGCUCCCUCUCCCCGACUCCAUCCGGCGCAGCCGCAAUGAGAGGCAUACCUUUACCAAAGAAACUUGACAGCGUGACUGCCGCCAACUUCAGCCCCAGUCGGAGAAGGCGGGAGAGGUUUGCCGCCGUGCAGCAGCUUCGGAAGGAGAUGCGGCAUCUAUCGCCCGACGAAUCCCAGCAGCAACGGCUCUGGGCGACUGCACUGGCUCUCGUCUGGCUGGAGCAUAACUGUGCCUCGUUCUUUAAUGAAUGGGAACUUCUGGCUGCUAAGGCAGACCAUUGGCUGAGUGAGCAGCCCAUACCAAGUGCCAGCGGGAUAGACCUUGCUGAACUCAAGGCGUCCGCAAGACAGCUCAUCGUACUCUCAAGGAAAUAUUAGACACUGGCUGAAUCAACAAGGUAUCCGAAGUGCCAGAAUGUGAUUUGCUGAUCCAUCUUGAAUGAACAAAAUGUAGUUCAUUAUUAUCAACUAGUUUGUAUACAGUAUGUGUAUAUAGGAUUUUGAUGUAUGAAAUAGGUUGUAGAAUCAACUUGAAACAUGUACAGAUUUUAGAGAUCUGAUAAAAAUUGUGAUAGUAUACCAGCAGUAGUGGUUGAAUUAUUUAUUUUGUGAUUUACUAUUUCUGUGUACACACAUGUAUCUUUUAAGGGGAAGUGCAAUUGCAUUCAGUUGUGACUUACAAAAUUGUAAAUAUAAUCUUUGAUUGAUACUGUGCUUUAUAGUAUAAUGGACAAGCGGUAUGAAUUACUACAAAGUAAGGAAAAACUUGAGAGAUCGAUCAACAUUUUAUAUUGCCAAUCCUAGCGAUUACAAAGCUAUCACUUUUGUUUUUAUGCAUCUGAUUUUUAUGCAAUCUUCGGGUUGGGAAAUGUUAUAUUUUUACUAAUGCACUGCAAUUUAACUCCUUACUUUUGCACUCAAUGACAUUUCAUAAUUCUGUAGAACUUGUUAAGUGAGCGCACUGAGCUUAAAUUGUAGAGUUAAGUUUGUGGGAAAGUGCAAUUUACAAGAAGAUUAGCAUGUGGGUGGAAUCUUAGCGGAACUUCUGGGGGGUGUUUCAUCAAACAAUUAGUCGGUGGUUUUCUCCGACUAAUUGUGAUUUUCACCGACUAAUUUCAUUUUCUCCGACAAAUUGGAAAUCACCGACUAAUUUUGUCGGUGGCGUUCACCUACCGACAAAACUCAUUUUCACCCACUAAUCCAAUUUUGCUGCCUUGGCAACCAAAAAUGGCAGCUAUACUAGAGUUCAUUGGAGGUGCUGCCCUAAAAAGGGACCGGAUUUUCCGAGAUCGUCUAGAUCCACUUGAUAGUUUCAACGACCAAGAAAUGUAAAAAAAAUACAGAUUUGACAGGAGAGGUGUCAUGGAACUUAUUAACCUAUUUGAAAAUGAUCUCCAACCUUCCACAAUGAGGACUUGUGCAAUACCUGCCCGUUUGCAAAUCUUCGUAGUGCUCCGCUACUUUGCAACGGUCAGUGUAUUGGACAGCUCAGCUACAAUACAUGGGUGCAAUAAUGCCUCUGUGUUCGAGAAUAAUACGAAGAGUAACAUUGCUGAUCUGCAGCCAAAAGGAUGAGGUAAGUUAAUUUUUGGGGGGGGCUAGAUCUAACUUUAAGUUAGAACAAUCUAACUUAGGCCUGUGCCUGUGGCUGCAUAAAGUCAUUUGAAGACAUUUCUUGGAGUCGGACUAAAACUCAAAAGUCCAUCGAAUUGGCACAAGUCACUUGUUGCUUUAUUUCAUUCUGUCCAAAAUCUAAAUUUGCAGAAAAUCUCAUUAUUCAACUGUUAAGCUGCUGAAAGAGUGGGGAAAGUAUGCUCCACCAGCCUGCCACGCAGCGGUCGAGGGUACGGUACCGUAUACGGUCGGUCUAAAAACUUUAGCUCAGUCCCAUACGUAUCGGAAAAUGUUGGCCUUGUCCUUUUUUGACUCAGUGUCCCAGAUCUACUUGCUGGCGCGUUGAUGCUUGCUAAAGGCAAGCAAAUGUCCGAUUACUUCAAUCACUCCAAAAAAUCUCACUAUGAAAAACAAAUUUGAAGGUGCAUACACAGAAACACAUGUAUGGGGCUACCAAAAUUUUAUGCUACCCCAAUUCAACAAUCAUGUCGAUAGGGGAUGCUACACAAAGACCUUCUUUGGGGGGAUUUGUUUAAAAAUCCAUGCACCAUAAAUAUCUAAAACACGUUAAAUGUUAUAUGAAUGAAAUUUUAACAAGUUUUACUUACGGCUACCUCCU